AUGGGCUGUAACAUGUGUGUCGUGAACCGGCCUGAGGAACAGUACAGGAUUAUGUUCCAGAAAGGCAACAUGAUGCGUCCCAUUGAUGCCGAAAUAAAGGUUCAACUUAAAGGCAGAAGAACAUCUCACCUAUCCCAAGAUAAGGAUGGGCAUUCACAUGAUCCUCUGUUGCUUCAAGUGGUCCGGAAGGGACACCGGAGGAAAGCAGGCGCUUCAACAGGAAGUGCCAGACUUAUGGCCAUCACAGACUGUGUGGACAACUCCACGCAGACAGACAUCAGCUUUCAGAACUUUCUGGGUGCUGGUCGAGGGAACUGCACUGGCUGCAGCUCUCCGAAUCCUCCUCCAUCUCCUCCUCUGCCUCCGAUGGUGGAGUCAUACCUGCUGAAUGACCUCACUCUGGAGCAUGACUCUGCUGAUCCCAAUGACUACCUUGAUGUUGCUAACCAUGAAGUGGAUCGACAAGAAGAGCUGGAAUAUGAGGAAGUGGAGCUUUAUAAGUCCAGUCAGCAGGACAAGCUUGGCUUGACAGUGUGCUACCGAACUGAUGAUGAAGAGGACCAGGGUAUCUACGUAGGGGAGGUCAAUCCCAACAGUAUAGCUGCCAAAGAUGGACGCAUCCGAAAGGGUGACAGAAUACUGCAGAUAAAUGGAGUUGAUGUCCAGAAUAGAGAAGAAGCAGUAGCCAUCCUUACCCGAGAAGAUAGCACAAAUUUUUCACUGCUACUGGCCAGACCAGAGAUGGAGAUGGAGGCUCAAAUGGACCCUGAGGACCUGGAUUUUGAGUUACCAGUAGGCAUGAGUGUGGACACUCUAAACAGCUCGCAGUUAUCCAAUCUAUACCAUCAUCGGCAGCAACGAGGCCAGAUGGGUGUUCAUGAGGUCCCAGUACACAGCGAAACACCCUUGCUAAGCCUGGCCACCCUCAACAACAGCCAGGAGUUAGACAGUGGUGUGGGCCGCACAGACGAGAGCACCAAGAAUGAGGAAUCGUCUGAGCACGACAUCCUCCUUGGCGACGAGCAGACCAGUGCCUCCAAUACCAACACCUCUAAUACACCACACAGCCUUCGCAAGUUCAGGCCUGGCAGGGGCAGUGGGGGUGGGGGGGAUACUCCAUCACCAUUACUCCAUAUCAGAGAGCUUCAGGUCAGCACAGAUUCUCUGGAUUGUGGUGGUGCAGGGGGAGGAUACGUCCAUGAUCCAGUGAGCGCAAUGAUGAUGCCCGGCCUGACUGAAGAGGAGUGUGAGAGGUACCGAGAGCUAUUAGAGAUCAAGUGUCGUUAUGAAAGAAAUAUGAAGAACGGCAAUGCAGGGAAAAGCACUGAGGAAGAAAGGAAGGAGGAAGGAGAAGGGGAGGAUGAGGAGGAAGAAGAGAAAGAGGUGGAUGAAAACUCUAACGAGAGCCUGACUCCACAUGAGAUGGCACUCUUGGAAGAGGAGCUACGGCACCUUGAAUUCAAGUGUCGGAACAUUCUUCGGGCACAGAAGAUGCAGCAGCUGCGAGAGCGCUGUCUGAAGGCAUGGCUGCUGGAGGAGGAGGCUUCAGCGAGGGGGUCUACUGACCUACAGGGCUCCCCACACCAUGAGCUGUCAGAUAUCAAAGAACUCCCUGAGAGAGAGCGAUCAGACAAGGACACCAGCAGUGCUUACAACACUGGAGGAGAAAGCUGCAGAAGCACACCUUUGGUGAGUGAUCACCUCUCUUCUGUCACUCAGAUAGACGAGUCGGGUUCUCCUCUGCAGGUAAGGCAAAGAGACCGACCCAACUGGAGUGAGAGGGGUCGUAGCACUCUCAAUUAUUCACCUAGUAGCUACAAGAAGUUCCACAUGAACACCAAUGUCAACCAGAAGUUCCACUCUUUGUCUCGGGAGGGGACCACUCGUUCAUUAGCAGAUGGUGGUACACAGGGGAGGAGCUCGAGAGCCAACAGCAUUCAUGAAAGAACUGGUGGCCAUAGUGCUGAAUCUAGUCCUUACUUUACCCGACGACAUCACUCUAACCGACCUAAGCCUGAGCGCUACCACAGCUGCAUGCAGCUAGGAUCCUCAUUCACAGAGACCACUAUGGACAGAACUGUGGAAGGGGAGAGUGAGGCUCCAGUUGGCAGUAGUGGCCGGGCAAGCCCUAUGAGUUUAGUCAACAGCACUCUUAGCCCCAUGCUUCACACUAGCCCAGCAAAACACUCUUUGGAUUUGCCUCUGCCACUUCCACCUGCCUCACCACGCAUGGAAUGGAAGGUGAAGAUCCGUAGUGAUGGCACACGCUAUGUCGUAAAACGACCUGUCCGUGAUCGCCUACUGAAAGCCCGUGCCAUGAAGAUCUGUGAGGAGCGAAGCGGCAUGACCACUGAUGAUGAUGCUGUUAGUGAAAUGAAAAUGGGGCGGUACUGGAGCAAAGAGGAGCGCAAGCAACAGUUGCUGAGGGCCCGUGAGCAACGUCGACGACGUGAGUUUAUGAUGCAAUGUCGACUAGAUUAUCUCCGUAAUCGGGGUCAAGACCCAGGCAAAGAUGGCCAACAGGAGUCAGGUCAGGCCCCUACCUCCAUUCUCGAGAUAAGCCAAAAGAAGAGUUCGAAGAAGCGCAACCGUCGCAUCUUGGACAACUGGAUUACCAUCCAAGAGCUGCUGGCUCAUGGUUCUCGCUCUCCAGAUGGGACAAGAGUCUACAACCCGCUUCUGUCUGUCACUACUGUCUAA